UUUUAUUUUUUUUCUGUCUUCUUGUCGUUUUUGGAAACGGCCUCAAGGUCUUGGUGGACGAGCAUCUGAUCAAGACCACGAAUUCGGCCAUGAAAUACUAGCAUCACCAAAUAUUGCAGCGAAGGUGACCUGAAGGCAAAACGACUUGAUUGAGAUUACUCUCCAAUGGCUAUGGAGGAGGAUGAAGAUACCGUCAUGGGAGAGGCGGGCUCCCAAUAUCCCAACCCUCCUGCCUCUCGUGAGUUACCAGUUGGCAGCCCCAGCAAACCACCUGCCUCAGGACAGAUCAAUGGGGGGUCAGAUCCGCUGCUCGCUCCAUCUCUCUUUGGGCCUCAGAUGAGACUGCCACUGCCGCCUCGUCCACCUAGUCCACGGCCUCAACCUGAAGAGACACCUGUGGCGCCUGGGGUGCCGGACCAACAAGGUGUGUCGCCACCUAAGAGUCUGGUCAUGUCCGGGGAGUCUGGUGAUGCUACUUCCGAGUCCCUUGAGAAACGAGAUAGCAUUGUUGAGGAGAACUCAGAUUGGUCUGAGGACGAACCAGCACAUGCAGGUCUUCCACUUGCAUUUCUUCAAUCAGGAAUCUGCUAUGAUGUCCAGAUGCGUUAUCACUGCGAAGUGCGGCCAACAGCAGAUGUCCAUCCAGAAGAUCCAAGAAGAAUUUAUUUCAUCUACAAAGAGCUAUGCCGAGCGGGACUCGUUGAUGAUGUAGAGUCCUCAAGACCGCUCGUUGCUCAUCCUCUGAAGAGAAUCGAUGCUCGCAAUGCCACCGAAGCAGAAAUCUCUCUUGUUCAUACGACAGACCAUUUUGCAUUUGUAGAGAGCACUAAAGAUAUGUCCGAUGAUGAGCUUAUUGCUUUGGAGCAUACCCGUGACUCGAUUUACUUUAAUAAAUUAACAUUUGCGUCCUCAAUACUAUCAGUCGGAGGAGCGAUUGAAACAUGCCUUGCUGUCGCGACGCGGAAAGUGAAGAACGCCAUUGCUGUUAUUCGACCGCCGGGGCACCACGCAGAACACGACAAGACUAUGGGUUUCUGUCUGUUCAACAAUGUUUCUGUUGCAGCACGAGUAUGUCAGAGGCAAUUAGGGGACAGCUGCCGAAAGAUCUUGAUCCUGGAUUGGGAUGUUCAUCAUGGAAAUGGAAUUCAGAAGGCAUUCUACGAUGACCCCAACGUCUUGUACAUCUCUCUCCAUGUCCACCAAGAUGGGAAGUUUUAUCCUGGGGGUGACGAGGGCAACUGGGAUCAUUGUGGUGCUGGUCCUGGAGUUGGAAGAAAUGUGAACAUUCCAUGGGAUAGCCAGGGAAUGGGAGAUGGCGACUACAUGUAUGCCUUCCAACAGGUUGUCAUGCCCAUUGCCCAAGAGUUUGAUCCUGAUUUGGUGAUCGUUGCAUCCGGAUUCGAUGCGGCAGUCGGUGACGAGCUUGGAGGUUGUUUUGUAACGCCAGCUUGCUACGCCCACAUGACACAUAUGCUUAUGACACUUGCCAAAGGCAAGGUCGCUGUUUGCCUGGAGGGAGGCUACAAUUUCAGGUCCAUCUCAAAGUCUGCACUUGCAGUUACAAAAACACUUAUGGGAGAACCGCCUGACCGUCUUUUGUCGACCUCACCAUCGGAAGUUGCUACUUCUGCCGUACGGCGUGUCAUGAUGAUCCAGUCUCGCUAUUGGCGUUGUAUGUAUCCCAAAGGACCGCAAGACGGCGGACUUUGGACCGAAAGGCUUCAUGAUGUAAUCCGCGGUUAUCAGUCUAAACAGCUUUACGAAAACUACAAGCUCACAUCACUUUACAUAUACCGGACUGCCAUUUCCAAAUCAUUUGAAAACCAAGUUUUGGCGACGUCCAACUAUCAUGAAUCCGUGCCUCUUCUUGUUAUCUUCCAUGACCCUCCGGAAAUCAUGGGUCUACCGCAUCCAGUUACGAAUAAGCUAGAGGCUCACAACUGUUGGCUUGCUGAUAUCGCAAAGGACUAUAUCGCUUGGGCAAUCGGAAAGGGUUACGCCGUUAUUGAUGUCAACAUACCUAAACAUGUCACUACUGAGCCUUCGACGGGAUACGAAGAUGAAGACGAAAAUCGGCCCACUGCUACCGAGGAACUGGCUGGAUACCUGUGGGACAAUUAUAUCGAGCCCAACGAAGCCACCGAGAUCUUCUUCGUCGGGAUAGGCAAUGCAUUUUAUGGGGUUGCGAACCUCCUGAUCAACCGGGACACAUUAUACAAACGAGUGAAUGGAGUCAUCUCAUUCGUUGCCGAGAACCCAGUUCGUGCGAUCGCCUCGCACACCCAAUAUUGGCUCUCAAGAUGGUAUAAGGAGAACUCUCUGGUCUUUGUUUCCCAUACCCACGGCGUUUGGAACAACGUCGAAACACGACGGAAGCCGUCAAAACGCUACGGGCAUCUUCUUCAGUCCCCCAAGGCAGGACUCAGUGAGAUGCUUAUGCACCACAAGGACGAGGUAUUCGAGUGGAUCGCGGCACGAGCAGAUCCGGAGCCAGAGAAUGAUGAAGAAGAAGAACAAGACGAGAAGAGCAAGAGCAAAAGCCGGUCACCGAGAAAAGAAGCCAACUAACCGGGACUGACUCCUGUACUUUGAAAUGGAUUCUUACCUGAUUUCUUUUCUUUUAGACAAAGUUGAUAUUAUUUGUGAGAAUACUACCACAGCCACUACAUAGC